AUGCUCCCGCCAGAGCUGUCGUCUGCGCGGUUUUCAGACACCGGUCAACAGGUGUUUGUGUAUUUUGAAGGGAGCGAAUCUUCGCGGGAAGUCAACGGUAACUAUGCUCCCGCGGCUUGCGAGGAGGUUUUCUCCAACACCUCUGCGGUCACGUUGGGCAUAGGCUGCACUAGCCAGUUCACUUCCGCGUCGACCCUUGCGAUGGAGGCUUUUCUUUCGUCGGAACCUGGAUGCGUGGCGGUCGGUCCGGCGUUAAAUCCAAACGAACCGGUGGUGGAAAUCAGCGCUCCGGAAGUGGUGGGUUGCUGUUCGAACCUGAUCUUGGAAGGCGUUGGGAGCUACCCUUCCACAGAUAUCGAGUUGAACUGGACUAUCGAGGCCACAGAUGGCAACGGAACGUUCGACCUGACCGAUGCGAGAGCAGCCUUUGAACAGAUCGCCGGGUCGGCAUCGCGGAAGCAUUGGCGUGGUCUCCAGCUCACCAUCCGUACCGAGGUGUCCCUACCUCGCGUCGAAAACGGCAACAACACGUACGCUUGGACCGUGUUGUCGGAAUCCAGUGCGACGGCGGACUUUCCGCCCAUUGUCCUGACCAGCGGAAGAAAUCCCAGCGUUCUCACACUUCCUCCAUACACGCUGGGUUACGCCGGAAGUGCGUAUGUCUUUCGGGUGGAUUUGGCUGACGGUAUCCAGAGCGCUACGUCGGCUACCGCAACAGUUGAGGUCGUCAGUGGAGCUAUCAUCGCUUACAUAGCUGGUGGAACGGCGAGGAGGCUAGGCGCUUCGCAGACCAUCCUACGCAAGUACAACCCUUCGGAAAAGAUAGUCCUCUACGCCUGUGCAUCGUCUUCUCCGGAGGGGCCAUGCGAUUCCUCGACGUCGUCCUCGUUCGGGCUAACGUGGCGACAGGAGAAUGGCAACCUCGAUCUCAGAAACGGGUGGACCAAGGCAUUCAGCACACCUGUAAACGCUCGGACUCUCGUCACCCGAAAAGGUGCCCUCGGCGCCGGGCAGGUUUACAGCUUCUCUCUCUCUGCGACGGAUGCAUCCGGGCUCGUCGGCUACGCAGAGUUUUCGUUCGAGACAAACGCCCCGCCCUCUGGGGGGCACUUGAAGUCGGAUCGACUAUCUGCAACCGCUGGUGUGAAUCCGGUGGUACUCCAGACCCUGGGGUGGACGGAUGAUAUUGACGACCUUCCGCUCACGUACUCCUUUGGAUACAUCCAAGGGUACCACGAAGUGAUCGCCAUCGCAAGCAGCGAAUCGGCGCUCGUGAACCGGCUGUCUUCCUCUCCGUCGGUUUCAACUACCCUCACCACCAACGUUCCGGCUGGUCUAUCACGUAAUGAGUUCAACCUUACAAUUGUGGUGUCAGCGUCGGAUACGCUAGGAUCCACGGCAGCAACAAACCUCGGAGAAGAUGGAGCACCGAUGGUAGUAACAUCCGUUGCACCAGAGGAGGCGUCUCUGCUGCCGUUGGCAUACAACCUGACGUGUUAUCCAGGCGAGCCGUCGUGUCAGAAUGGAUCUUUGCCCUAUCCCGAGGACACUCUGCGAGACGCGCGUGUCGCGACGGCUCUACUCCAACACGUGCCUCUCACAACGUCGGACGGUGUCGAAAGCACGAGUUCCCUUCAGGAAAUCGGAUCAUCCGCGGAAUCAACCUUGUCUGAAGCAAGUAGCGCCGCUGCAGACAUGGUGGAUAGAGUGGCCAACCACGGAGCAGUUCUUGACGAUGCCGCCGCCGUAUCGUUGGUGUUGGUGACGUCCGCGCUUUUCGAUGGACUGUCCGCUUCUCCUACCACUUCCAACGAGGGAGCAGCUUUCGCCGAGAAUGGGGACCAAUUAGCCCUCCUUGCCGACGUUGGCAACGCCCUGGCUUUCGGAUCCGAAGCGGAAGAGGAGCUGGGGGAGACGAGCGCGGGUUCUUUGGUCGUGCAGCCCGCCAAAGUUCAUUCGAUGGACAUGUCAGCGACAACCAUAUCUGUAGGACCAAAUGGAACGCACAUCUCUUUCAGUUCAUGGGAUGCCGCCAUCGGUUCCGAUCAGGACUUCGGUGGCGCGCGGACGUUUUCGGUGGCAGGUUUCAGCUCCACAGGCUCAGAUAUGGACGGUGUGACCGUCGUUGAUGCUUGGGAUUCGGCGGGAGUUCCAGAGAAACAGUUUUCUUGGCCCAUCGACUUGUCCAUGGCGAUUCCGGAACCGGACGCCAUCGAUCUUGGAGCUGAUAUCGAGAAAGGUGAUGUUGGCCACCUUGGCUGCGGCUACUGGUCGGAAGAGAGUGGUAGCUGGGAAACGGAUGGAGUGGUGCUCGGUUCGCUGGAACGGGAUCUGGACUCGACCGCUGCCGUUAUCCAAUGCGCAACGUACCAUCUCACGGCGUUCACAAGCCGGGUGGACUCGACGACCCCGCAAUGGAAUACGCUCGAUCUAGUUACUGACUUCACUGUCCUGGCACAGGUACGUGAUAGGGCACAGGCCGCCCGUCAAGCGUUGAUGGAAGACCGGGCCCGUGAGAGAGACGGCAACGUCUUCCACCAUAUGCCCGUGGUCUUCAAGAACGAGAAGAACAUGAGCAAGGUAGCGGCUGAGAGUGUCCUGUUCAACCACUCUUGGCGGCAUCUCAGCGAAUCUCCAACGGCCCAUUUCAGCAAGACGCUACUCACAAGGUCUCAGCACCUUGUCCUUCUACUGGCUGACUGGAUGAGCGCCAUUCUGCUGCAGGCUAUUUUCUAUGGCAAAAGUCAGUUUGGCGUGAGGAAAAAGGUGGAAAUGACGGUCAUUAGCGCACUGUUGAUGCUCCCGACCGGCGUGAUUUUCCCAGCUCUGCUACGGGCUGGCAACACCCCACCCGCAUCACAAACGCUAAAGAGGGUUCCAGUCCGACAGGAGGAACCAGAGGGCCCCAACCAUGACCUCUACGAUGAGCUCCAACGAAAACAGGAGGAGCGCGUGGACGAUUUUCGGACAGCUCUCCAAGACGCACGCUCAAGCGCGCGGGAGCAGAUGCAUCGCGGUGGCUUCAGCGCCCCACGAGACAGCCCUCCGCGCAAGACAGCACCCACCAGGUUCGUGGCGAACGUAAGACGCUCACCCAACGAGUUCUAUUUCUCGGCGACCAACGCGACGCCGGUCGUUCAAACAGCAGCUUACAGGGACGUUGUGGCGAUGCAGAAAACGCUGCUUCUGGUCUACCUCCCGCUUCCCAUGUUGCUGGCGAUGCUCGUAUCUGAGCAACAAGGACAUCGGCACGAUGUCACAGUGGACGACCUUGCGCAAAACAAAUGUAAUCGAAGUGCCCUGGUGCUAAGAAUUUCGCGGGAAGCUGAAGCAGCCGGGGGAGAUGAGUACGCGUUCUUGCACAACAUGGUCACAUCUCUUAGCGUGGCGUGUUCUGUGUUAUGCGCGUUGUCAGCCUUUGCUGUCGUGAGUCGCAGCGCUCGCAUCAUGGUACAGACGACGACGUUCCAGGCGGUGGUCGCCCCAGGUCUGGCGUUGUGCGGAGUUCUAAUGUACAACUCGAGUGCUUCCAUUGCAGCGGGGGCUGUUCUUGGUGCGGCUGUGGCGCUGGUCGGUUCGUAUUUGGUCGGAGUUCAACGAAAAUAUGAAGAUAUUCUGAACGAAUUGAUCGAGGGCGAUCUGGUCGCCGCGUGGUCGCAGCCCACCAGGGAAAUGCACAUGGCCGCAGAAAUUGUUCAGCGUUGCUACAGGGUGCCAUGGCGCCUUGGCAUUCCUACGAUCGACCAGGCCUCCAUUAGACCUUGCAACAGACGCUCUUGCAGUCAGCUCGUCACCUGGUCCGUUGAAUCGUUUGCGACGGCGGGAGCUGGCUGCUAUCACAUGCAGUUUGGAGAUCGUGCAGGACGUCCCGAUAAGGACUGGCUCCGCCUCAACUUCCGCAACGCUCACGUCCUCCACCACUGGGUGAUAACAAUAGAUGCUGAUUCAGCGCAACCACUGGCUUGGAGCAACACCGGCUACUGGAACCCCUCAAGCGCCGGGCUAUACUCCUUCAUAGAUCUGGACUCGGGGGGGGUUGACGAAUUGAGGGGGCUAAUGCUUCGGCCCGGAUCCUCAGAUAUCCACGUCCUGUGCAAGUACUUACACCGACAGGGCUUGCGCUGGAAAAAACAGAACGUGUUAUUGCCUCGAAAUCUGGUGAAGAUGCGGCGACGCGUGAAAAUAGCGCCGCACACCAGCUAG